AGCUCGUCAGUUCUAGAUUGUUCGGAGUCCAAUUACUGUAUUGUGUCUUCGACAGCGCAUACGUAGCGCAAUACGUCGAAAAAUCACAACCCCUUGAUUUUAGCAUGUACCUUAUUCGUUACAGUCCCUUAUCUUACGCGCCUAUAAAAUCAUAAUCCACGGCCCCCAUUUUAUUUGUUUUCCUCACAACACUUUCUCUCUUAGAACCAACCAAAAAGUGAAUUCUCAGAGCAUUGACCUUGAUCAAAGUAGAAGAUAACAUGGAGGACCCUCAGAGCAUACACAAUAUUUCAGUCAUAUGGAGGGGAAAGAAGUUUACUUUGCAGAUGAAUCCGAGUUCUACUCUUAAGGAUCUUGGCCAUGAAAUGCAAAAGUUGACACAUAUUAAAACAGAUACUAUGAGGUUUAUUGUUCCACAGUUCUCGAACAAAAGCUCACAAUUGCUAACUCCAUUUUCGAAUGAGCAUGAACGCUUGAGUUUACAGGAAACUUUUGUGACUCAGGGAAAGCCCAUUAGAAUGAUGGGUGUAUCUGAAAAUGAGGUUGAUGAAGUUUUACAAGGAACUAAAGAAAACUCAAGGAUAGCUGGAUUUGAUGAAGAGGAAAAGAGACUGAGACAGCGCAUUUCAAAUAGGCCACAGUUUUCACAACAACUUCCUCAAGGACCUUAUAUCUUCUGUGAUUUCCGAACACUUCAAUUGCCAGGAAUAGAGUUGAACCCUCCUGCAUCAGAGGCAUUAAAAAGAAUGCACAUGCUUGCUGCAGACCCUGGAAUUGUUGCCAUCAUGAACAAGCAUCGUUGGCGUGUGGGGAUUAUGACUGAAAUGGCUCCAGUUGGCUAUGUGGGCAUAAGUCCAAAAUGCGUACUUGGCUUUAACAAGAAUAAUGGAGAGGAAAUAUCUUUACGUCUUCGAACUGAUGACCUGAAGGGUUUCAGAAAGUAUGGGAGUAUCAAGAAAACUCUUCUCCAUGAACUUGCUCACAUGGUGUACUCCGAACAUGAUGCAAACUUUUUUAAUCUAAAUAGACAGCUUACCCAAGAAGCUGAUAGUUUAGAUUGGACAAGAUCUAGAAGUCACACCUUGAGUGGAGUGAGGCAUUCUGACCAUUUUGAAGAAGAAGAAGAGUUUUAUGAUGAAAAAGGUAGUCAUUUUUCCCAAAAGCUUGGAGGAAAUGUUUCGGAUCAGUUGGAAAAUGCUCGCAUGGCUUCAGUGGCUGCUGCUUAUCGCCGUAUGGAAAAUGCUUCCACCUAUAGUCUGGGAAUAUCUGAAGUCCACGAAGAGCCAGAUCCUGAUGAUUCUGGCUUGCCCACUAGAAUGAAUGUUGGGGUAGAAGAAGUGAAUUCUUGUAGUUUGAAUGAGGUUUGUUCAAAACCUUAUCAAGAGCUUGAUCUUGACGAUUUUGGCUUUGUGAACAAGUCUGAGCCUGAUCCUGAUGAUUCUGGCCUUCAUAACAAGUUUGAACCAGAUCCAGAUGAUUCUGGCUAUCAAAACGAGUUUGAGCCAGAUCCUGAUGACUCUAGCUAUCAGAACAAGUUUGAGCCUGAUCCUGAUUAUUCUGGCCAUGAGAACAAGUUUGAGCCUGAUCCUGAUGAAUCGGAAACUAGUUUGAAGCAUUGUAUUGUAGCUGAACCUGGAACAUUUCACUCUAAGGAAAUGAAUGUACAAGGACAGAAGAAUAUUCAUGAACCUGAUCCUGAUGAUUUGGAAGUGAAGAUGGAUAAUUUUGAACAUGGAAACGUUAGGAGACCUGAAGAUAAUGUAUCCUUAAUUAGUAAUGAUCGGAACAUAGAUUAUAUAAAAGAUGAUCCAAGUGAGUCUCAGGAAGAUAGUACGAUGCUCACAGAACCUGAUCCUGAUGAUAAUUUGGUGCAAUCAGUGGAACCGUCAAUAAUGCAAAUUGACGAACCAGAUCCAGACGAUGAAGAAUUACAAAGAAUUCAAGACCCUGUUGCAGCUCUUUGUGGUCGUUUGCAGAAGGCCAUUAAGGGUCUGCGGGCUGAGAUAGGCCAAUCACAGGCUACUAUAGUUCUCCAAACUCUAUUUAAGAUAAUAAGCAAUGUGAUUGAACAUCCAGAAGAGAUUAAAUUCAGGAGACUGCGAAAGGCCAAUCCAAUAAUCCAAAGGAAUAUUGCGAACUACAAAGCUGCCAUAGAAAUUUUGGUUCUGAUUGGCUUCUACGAAGAUCUCGUGUCAGACGAAGUGGGAAAGACGGAAACUUAUCUAGUGUUGAAGCGAAAUGAUCCUGGGUUAUUAUGGCUUGCCAAGUCCUGCCUUGAGCCGAAUCUUACAAGCUAGUGGCCCCCAAUAUUGAGAGGUUCAAAAUUAGAUUAAAGAAGAUUUCGGAAGUAGAUGAUGAAUUGUUCACCAUAGCAAGUUAUGCAGUGUGUACUUUGCUUUAAAAUUGGCUGUACAUUUAUAUAUCGAUACCAUUUGUGAAUAUAAACCAUAAAAAGGGGUCUUCUCAGUGCCUUAAAUGCUGCUGAUAACUACCCAUUGAUUUAUAUUGUUACAAGGGUCUUUUGUAGUGUGGAUGAAUGUUAGUGUUUUCCUUUGAUAAUUCCUUACAAUCUCACCUUUAAUAUUUUUAAGGUUAUAAAGUGAUUACACUAUGACUAUUUUAGUA